UUCUUUUCAAAUCGGAAAACGAAACCCUAAACGGGAAGUCGGAUACAGAGCCAAGGGAGAAAAACAAAAGCGAACAACUCAAAAGCUGUGGAAUACUUGUGGAUUCAGUUUUUGGCUAUAACAUGGACUCAAACGGACAAACAUCCUCCGGUGAUCAAUUUGAUGCUAAAGGUGCAUUUCGUAGGCUGUCGACUGACACAACUAAUCGAAAAUAUCGGCGCCGGUCUCCAGUUGGUGGCUCAGCAUCCGCCGACGGUAGUCCUGUCCGUAGUAGGAGUUCCAGUCCAAUUCAAAGAAGGAAGAAUCCUGAAAAAACUGUUGAUGAUCACAGAAAGCCAGAUGAUGAAAGGGAUUCAGGUAGAGACUGGAGACAACAGGCCAGGAGCGGUGAGUCACGUAAACAUUCUGAUAAGCAAUCUUCUAGAAGUUCUCAUCGGCACCUUGAGCAUGAUGACUAUUCAAGACCUGACAAGAAUGAAGAUAAUGAUGAUAGAUAUUAUUCAAAAUCAUCUUCUCAUUCUCUCCGGGACUCUAGAGAUAAACAUUAUUCAGAUCAUUCAAGGAGAGAUAAUGAUCAUCGUUCCAGAGACUAUGCACGCCAUGUUGACAGACACUACCGAGACAAGUAUGAUAAUUUAGCAUAUAGAAGCAGGGACAAGGAAAGAGAAGCUUCAUAUCCUGAGAGUCGAAAGCACAAAAAUAGAGAUACUUUAUCUGAUAGAAUUGGGUCUGGAAGGAUGCAUACUGCCCAGGAAAGGGGUAGGUAUAAGGAGUACAGAGAAAAUCAAGAUGAGAAGACAGACCAUAGGAUGGAUUUCGGAGACCAUAAAAGAUAUGCUUAUGAAGAGUCUAGGGGAUGCCAUGAUGAGUCAAUUUCAACUGAUACUAGGGAAUUGGGUGUUGAGAAGUAUAUCAAAGAGGACAAGAAGGGAUUUGAUGCUAGAAACAAUUUGAAGGAACAGUACGCUAAGAGGUCCAAGUUUGAUACUAUUGAUGGGGAGACAAACCUUGGAAAAGAUGUUUUGAAGGCAACAACCUUCGCUGAUGAAAAGCAGUCUUCAACUUCCAAGCAUGAUGAAGUCACUUUGGAGCAGGGAGUGAAAGACUCUGAUAUAGAUGCUGCAAAAGUUGCUGCUAUGAAGGCUGCUGAAUUAGUUAAUAGGAACCUUAUUGGAACUGGUUACAUGACUGCCGAUCAGAAGAAGAAGCUGUUGUGGGGAAGUAAAAAGAACACUACCAAUUCUGAAGAGUCUGCACACUGCUGGGAUACUUCAACUUUUGGUGAUUGUGAAAGACAAGAAAAGUUCAACAAACUCAUGAGUCUGAGGUUGCAUUGGUACCUAUGGCAAAUUGUAGGGUGUGAAGGGCAAUAUGAAGAUGGAGAACAAACCUGGAACCCAAGAUGCAGAGAAGCAGAAGGAGCUGCAGAUGGACUUGGAGAAGCAGUACACUGCUGGACUUCGUCGAAGAGAUGGUCGUACUGUUGGAUUAGGCCUCUAAGAAUUUGUUUUGACCAUCUUAGUAUUCAUAUUACUGUAAUGAACACAUUGUGUACUAUUUUGACAAGUAUGAUGUUUCAUGCAGUGCUGGAUAGAGGGAUGUCUGAUAUAUUAAGAUUUCAGUGUCAAAUUGAUGGCACGACGGUAGGCUAUGUUUCUUUCCCAUUUGUUAUUUGUGGGCUCAUUUCAUCUACCGCUAUGGGCUCGGUUUGCAUGGUUUUGUGCAGACAUGAAUCGAGUACACACUAUUCGCAGUUGCCAUCUUCCUUCUAAUGCUCCCAAGAGAAUGGGGAAUAUUGGUAAAAAUAAAGGGUAAUUUCAACCAA